AGAAUAUGCUUUUAUGGUGGAUAUUGCAGCAUAACCAGACCUUCCAUGCUCAAGGAUGAGAGAGACAGCCAGAGAGGUUGAAUUUAGAGAGAGAAAGAAAGAGGAUGGUGGGAGAAGAUAGAGAGAGAAGGGGAGGUUUAAGAGAGGGUUUUAGGUCUACCAACUGGUAGUUAGAGAUUAAGCUUCUUAACCAAACACCUUUCAUUACCAGAAAAAGAUCGAAACAAAGAAACAAAGAAGCAGAAGAAGAAGAAGAAGUUGCAGAAGAAGAAGAAGGAGAAGAAGAAGAAGAAGAAGCAACAGCAAGUCAGGCACCAACUUACACAACUGUGUCUGAAGCAAAAAAGGCAAAAAAAACCCACCAAAGAUCCCGAAAAAAAAAAAAGAAAAAAGAAAAGAAAAAAAAGAGAAUUCCAUUUUUUAUUGAAAAAAUACAGACGGAAAACAGAGAAAAGAGAAAGCUAUCAUUUUUAUUGAACUAUAAAGAGAGAAGAGAGAGAGGGAAAGAGAAAGAAAAACUAUAUGGUGUACGUGUUUGUGGUUUGAGUGUGACUCUCACGUGGGGAUUGAUGCAAUAAUGGAUGGAGAAUAUAUAUGAUUACCAUAAAAGAGCAAAAGAUAGCUCUUUGAAUUAUUAAACACACACACUCUCUCUCUCGCUUUUAUUUCUUUGAAAUUUUUUGUUGAGUUUUCUGGGUUUUAUUUUUAUAAAAAAAAAAAAAAAAAGAUAAGAUAAACUAUUUGUUUUGUUGGUGUUGGUUCGCAAUAAUAUUGGGGUGGAGUUCUCGGGAUCGGAAAGUGUUUGGUUGUGGGGAGAAGGAUUGUGUUUCAGAAGGAUUGGUGGUGGUGGUGUCUCCAAGCUUGUUUUCUGUUCCCCAUAUCACCCACAACUCUUACGGGUCUCCAGUUCUGGGGGCUCGUUGUUGUUUCUUACUGAAUAACUGGGCAAGAGGGUUUGAAGAUUGAGAAUAAUAUGGCAACUUAUUAUACUAGUUCCAACAAUCAAAGGGACACUGCACCGAUUCUCUAUUUGAGGGAACCUUUGCCUAGUUCAUAUCCAGAAACAUCAGUGCUUCCCAACAACAUGAUGAUGUAUAUGAACUCUGGAUCAUACUCGGACGAAUUAAAUGGGAAUUCUCAGCAACAAAAUAGCUGCAUUGAAAUGCCCCCAAUGGGAGCUUCAGAUUCCAGUCCACAGCAGCAGGACAUUUUAUCCAAUCUUGGGGGAUCACGAAUUGGACAGCACGAUUUUACUGAAUGGAGGGAUGGUAGAAAUGAGUUGGUAGUCGCGCAGGGAAUCAGUGGUGCUCCAAGCAUUCUUCAUGGUGGACCAAAUUUGCAGGGUCAAGGAUUAUCUCUUAGCCUGGGUACACAAAUCCCAUCAGGAAUCCAAAUGCCAUCUAUCUCAUACCGUAAUCCUAACCUGGGUUUUUCAUCAUUCUUGAGCUCGAAUCCAUCAAUUUCAGGCGAGGGUGGAUGCAGGAAUGGCUCUUCUAGAGAUGAACAGUCAAGAAAUGUGGAGUAUUUGACACCUGGUUUUCCAGGAGGUAAUCAGGAUUUAAAUAAAGGGGAGUUAUCUCCAUAUGGAAUGUCAAGUAUUGCAAGAACUAUUCCUAAUUCCAAAUAUCUCAAGGCGGCACAACAACUGCUUGAUGAAGUUGUCAAUGUCAGGAAAGCCUUGAAGCAGAAUGACAAUGAGAACCGAACAAAGGAUUUGAAGGAUGGUGAGGAUGGAUCAAAAAAUGAAUCUACAUUGCCUUCUGGAAGUGCAGUGUCUUCAAAUCCUCAAGAAUCAGCCAGUACCUCACCAUACGAGCUUUCACAUGCUGAGAAACAAGAUUUGCAGAACAAGUUGACAAAACUUUUGUCUAUGCUGGAUGAGGUUGAUAGACGGUACAAACAAUAUUAUCAUCAGAUGCAAAUUGUAGUAUCAUCAUUUGAUGCAAUAUCAGGAUGUGGGGCAGCUAAACCAUACACAGCACUUGCCCUCCAGACUAUAUCACGCCACUUUCGGUGCUUACGUGAUGCAAUCACAGGCCAAAUACGAGCAACUCGUAAGAGCCUUGGGGAGCAAGACUCUUCAGGAAAUGUUAAAGGAGUUGGUAUAGCUCGACUUCGAUUUGUUGAUCAGCAGCUUAGGCAGCAGAGGGCUCUUCAGCAUCUUGGAAUGAUGCCACAACAUGCAUGGAGGCCUCAGAGGGGCCUGCCAGAAAGUUCUGUUUCAAUUCUACGGGCUUGGCUGUUUGAGCAUUUUCUUCACCCGUACCCAAAGGAUUCUGACAAGAUAAUGCUAGCAAGGCAAACAGGCCUAACUAGAAGUCAGGUCUCCAACUGGUUUAUAAAUGCACGUGUACGUCUCUGGAAGCCCAUGGUUGAGGAGAUGUACAAAGAAGAGGCUGGUGAUGCUGAGAUGGACUCCAAUUCUUCAUCUGAAAAUGCAGCUAAAGCAACAAAAGGUGAUAUUAGGACCUCUGAGGACAGGGGAGAAGAUUUGCAGCAGAGUGCUAGUUCAACGGGCACUGAGAGAUGCAGCACUGGCCGGUUUAUGGAUUCGAAAUCAGCAGCCCAUGUUACUGACAUAGAAAUGGCAGGGUCCAAUGGAUCCGCCACAUUCCAAAGUGGAACUCACCGCGAAGCUGAAACCCAAUAUAGUUUGGUGAAGCGCAGGGAUGGUCAAAGGCCUGGGAUGGAUGACUGCAGCCUCUUUUCUGAUGGAAUGGUUCAGUCUGAUGGGAGCAGUGAAAGGUUUAUGGCAGCUGCUGCUGCAUACCACAUGUCGGAGUUGGGGAGGUUUGGGAGCGGAAGUGGCGUCUCUCUCACAUUGGGGUUGCAGCACUGUGACGGUGGUAGCAUACCCAUGUCUAGUGGUAAUCACCAGGGUUUUGUUGCCAUGAGAGGUGAUGACAUUUACAAUGCUGCAGCUUCUUCCGUAGGAGCUGAGACACCAGAUUUCGAAUGCUUGAACUCCGGGAACCAGCAGGCCCGGUUCAGUUCUUCGCAUCUACUACAUGAUUUCGUGGUGUAGAAAAUGAAAAUCAUUGAUUUGGAGAUGAUCCACAUGGUUUGAUUACAAACUAUUCUUGGGGAGGAGAACCAAGACAAGACUUUUGAAAGUCAGGUUUUGAGCUUGUCCAUCAGGAACAUUUUAUCUUUUUGCUUACAAGUGGUGAAACGAGAUGUAGUCCUCCAAAUAUUGAAAAUAUGAUAGAACACAUUUGUAAUAUACUAAGAAAUUGCCUGGAAGGUUAGCAUAUUUGUAAAGAUACAUAAUUUUGUUUAAUAUUGUUGGAAAACAAAAUGUACAAUCACUGCCAACUGUGGUAUUGAAGUAAAAAAGAAAAAAGAAAAAAAAGAGAAGGUAUUAUAGUUUGGAAUAAAUAUAUCAUUAACAUGGUUGAGUUUAGCUCUUUAUAA